AUGUCCUUUGUCGCAGUCAAACUCCUCAAACUUGGCUAUUCCCAAGCCAAAAAGCAAAGUGCCAAAAAACAACAACACCAACAAUUCCAAGACCCCGCCGCCGCCGGUUACCCCCCGUACCCUCAGCCCUACCCACCCUACCAACCCUACCCAAUGGGCGAAUACCCACCGGGCGUCGCCCCGGGCACAAACAUGUCCUACCCUCCCGAAAACGAUCCCAAGCCUAGCAAAGGCUCCAAGGUAAUCUCCAUGAUUAUGUCCGCUCUGCGCUUCUUCCAAUUCGUCUUCGGCCUCGCAGUCAUUGGCCUCUACGGCCAAGACGUGCAACACGACCACGACUCCAAGAACACCUGGCACGCCAAAUGGCUCUUCGCGCUCAUCGUGGGCUUCCUAGCAACAACAACGGCGGCAAUCCACAUGAUUGUACCGUUCUGUAUGCGCCGUGUGAACUACAACCCCAGUCCCGCGCUGAGACUGCCGCAGUUCACGUGGGAGUUUGUGCUCUGCGUGCUUUGGUUGACGCUUUUUGGAAUCUUCGGGAGGAUGUAUAUUGGUGUUCAUCCUUCGACCUCGAGCUCGAAGCGGGAUUCGGACUCGAGUACCUCGGAUUUGGGUGAUGCGAGCAAGAUUAACAGAAUGCGGCACGCGGUUUGGGUUGAUCUUGUAAAUUUGGCGUUCUGGUUUAUUACGGCCUCUUGGGUUUUGCUGAGGUGGUUGAAGGCUAGAAGGCCGGCUGGGCCGGUUGGUGUUGAUGCUGAGAAGGAGGGUGCUUGA